GUGUGUGUGUGUGUGUGUCGUGUGUGUGUGUUUGUGAUGCUCCAACGCCCGGACUCAGUGGCAGAACACAUGGGAUGCAUGACUUGGAGAAUCUCGGCAUUGGUUUUCGCUCUUAACAACAGAAACCAGCUGCAUGGACAUGCGGAAAAACGAAGCUUCGUGUCGGCACUGUACUAUACGGACAUUUAACAAUCUCUUUAAAGAUGUUUAAAAUGCGUCUGUGCACCGCGCUGGCAUUUAUUGCCGUCGUAGUGUUUCCUCUGCAGCUGGAAUGUACCAUAACAUGCCAGAUGGGAAAUCAAAAUGAUUAUGUUGAGGGGCAGUGCCCUGUGAAACUGACCUCAGUCCUGGACCAGGGGCCUGGGGAGAUGUACUCUGAAUGUGUCACUGUCCGUGUUUGGAUGAAAGCUGAUGACUUCUGUAAGGCCCCAAAGAUUGAAAUUCUCUCAUCAAAUAAUGAGACAAUCAAGCCUAUCAUGAAAAAAAAUAAAAAUAAAACAAAGUGUAACAGUGAAAGAAAUGUGCGUGGACAAAAGGUCAAAUGUGACAUGGGUGUUACACAGCAGUUGCCAUAUAGUAAUACCAGUUUUGACUUGUGGGAGAUUGUAUAUGCUUGUGUAAAGGCUGAAGCAGAGACCAUUGUUUCUGUGUCAUACAGCACAACAUCAACGAGCUGCACUGUCAGCUACACAGUGCCAGAUCCCGUACCAGAGUUUGAUCUGUCUGUGAAUCAGUUGUCUAAAUCCAUCACUGUAACUGUGGCACCUGGAGAAAAAGUUUAUACCAGAUGGUGUUACAGUGGAGUGCAGUGCAAUGGCGGGCCACUUUCCACCCUAAUUACUAUUGAUCCAUCUCAGUCUCGAUCAGCUGUUCUUAACAUCCCACACCUGCUACCCUGUGUGUGUGUACAGGUAUAUUACACCUACACAGACGCCCGGCGACGUAAAAAGUGUCCUUUUCAAAAGGAAAAGGUCACAGAUGUUGCAGACGUUUGGAGCUCCUCUGAAGUCAUACAGUACAAGUCCAGUUUGCAGUGGAGAUCAGUGUGUCCUGCCAGUGACCUGAAGAUCUCUGCCUCCCUCUGCUGGAGACAACACGAACACCUCUGCACACCUGUGCUCAACUCCACACAACUGGAGGAGAAGGAGGAUGGACCAAACCUGAUAUAUAACACAUCUACAGUGGACAAACACCCUAACAUGUGUGUGCAGUUUUCUCUACAAGGCAACCGUAAUAUCUCUUGCCCCUUCCGUGCUGCUGUGUCUUCAUGGGACGUGUAUAUUGGACCAGGCAAGCAGAGUGUGUUUGUAUAUAUCACUUCUCUUGUCCCAGCAAUGUUCUCGGCUCAACUUUGUGCCCUUAACGAGAUGGGAUGUUCACCCAUGGGACAGGUCCACACACUAAGAAUGGAGGGGAAAACUACUGAGAUGAGGAUAAAAAUGCCUCCUCACUUUCUUGCUGUUAAGCCCUGUGUGCAGGUGUGGCAGUCAGAGCCUGCUCUUCAUGGAAGAAGAAUUCUGUGCCCAAACUACACGCACAACAGAUGUGGCAUGUAUGCAGUGGCAGCUUUGACACUUGUGGUUAUUAUUGCAUUACUGGGAAUUUUCAUCCAUCGUCUUACUAAAAGUAAAGCUGCAGACUGGUUGUGUGUCCAGAAGCCAGUAUUGCUGGUGUGCUCAUCAGAACAGUCAGCCCAUGUCUCUGCUGUGUGUGCUUUAGCCUCAAUUCUGCAGGGGGAGCUAAGUGCCACAGUGCACAUGGCUCUGUGGGCCCAAAGCUCACAAACGCAGACCGGGACUGGGACUGGGGUGGCAGAUCUGGGUCCACUUCCGUGGCUGUACGGGCAGUGGGAAACUGUGCGUAAGGCACAAGGAAAAGUGCUAAUUAUUUGGAGUCCUGAGGCCAAGAUAGCCUAUGAGAAAUGGAGGGAGGAGAGGGCAAACGUGGAUGAGAAUGAGAGAAAGAAGGAAGAUGACAGCAAAGCAGAUGCAAGAUGUGAGAAAAUAAGAGUUGCUGUGGAGGAGGAUUAUAAACUAAAUGGAAGAAGACUUGCUAUAUGCAACAAAGGGAAAACUGCAGGAAGAAAGGAUUAUGUUAAAUCAUGUGAUGGUAAAGACUGGUGCCAACACAAAGAACCCUCUUCAGUGAUAGCACCAGUAUUUGCAGCUUCUCUGGCCUGCCUACAGGGGACGCUGCAGCAGUGCAAAGGUCAAGGGGUUGCCAUUGUGUAUUUCCAGCGCCUUGGCCACAGCAGGGACAUCCCUAAAGCCCUCAGAGGUAUCCCUCGGUACUGCUUACCACAGGAUUUCAGGGGUUUAAUACAGGAGCUGGGCGGGAUGAAAAGAAAGACACAAACUGGUAAAUUUCAUUGGCACUGCUGGCUCAGACUCCUGUCUAAAGUGCAGUCCAUAUGGCUGGUACGACAGCUAGCCCACAGGCUACAAACUCAGCUGCCUCAGACGCAAGGGAAGAAAAUGCAAGGGCUGAGCGUCACAUCAUCACAGAAAAAGAUAUCAGAUAAGACACAGAGUCGGCUCAAGUUACCACUGGCUGCCAGCAGGGCAAGGCUAGAAACUGUACAAGAGCAAGAGCCUCUCCACGGGUCACCAUUGAGAGCAGAGAAACUUUAAUCUCAAGUUUCACAUGUCUUACGGGGACAGACUUUUGUUCUGCUUGAAACAUAAUAUGUUCAUGGGAAACAUGAGCUGGUGUUCCAUUGUGAGCACCUCAGAGCCACCACUCAGUACCAACUAUUCAUUACUUGGCACCAUCAUGCCAAAAAUGCCACCACUUGUUUUGCAUAUUAAGAAGAGGUAAAUACUCCAUCCUGUUGUCGACAGAGAGACUCUUUAUGUUGCUUUCGUGACUGAAGCCAUAGCGAACACCUGUCUUAUCUGUAAAUGUGCUAACUGCUAUGAAAAUCUGGUUGCAAAUCAUACUUUACUUUCUCCAUGAGUGCAUUUAAUGUUUGAAGGUGUGUGUGGAGGCAGGCAACAAACUGUGGGGCUUCUGUUUGCAAACGCUCACAAAUUUGCAUAAGAUUUUCUAAACACAGACAUUGAGCCAAACCUGUCCCAGGAUUUCAAGGUUUCCAGUGUUAAGAGUGCAACAGAUGAAAAGAUGAAGUGACUUGUACUGAAGCAUGCUUUAUUGAGCUUUUUACAUUUUUAUCCUGUAAGACUUUGAACUAUUACAAGUCUACUACUAUUGCCUUGAGUGGGCUUUAACAGUCACUGUGUUUGUCUGCAGCCUGAUGAUUAAAUAUUUGCACACAUACUACCUCCUACA